UCACGCCCCCCUUGUGCCAGGCAGCACAUGAUUGUGGCACAGAUUUCUGCCUCCAUUGUGCUGGGCACUUCAGAGACCUCGAUUGAGAUCUGUGUCCCCGUCGGGCCUGGCACUGCACUGACCCUGACCCAGAUCACGCCCCACUACUGUACUGGGCACUGCACUGACCCUGACAGAGAUCCUGCCCCACACUGGUUCCCUUGCUGCUACUGGCAGAGAACUGCUAAGCCAGGGGUGUGUCAGGGCUCAACCCUCUGGCUGAGGCCUCGGAGCACUUUCUUCCUCUCUUGGGACACCAGGUGAAACAGCAAAAGAGCUGAUUGUCGGCAAACAAGGGUCAAUAAAGGAAAGAAAAGAAAAGAACAGUGGGGGCGGGGAACUGUGGACAAGUCCCACCAGGAUAUGGGCCCCUCUUACUUCUGGGGGCCCUGGGAGUGUCUCAGUCCCCAUCAGGGUUUACUGGGUCUCCAAUGCAAGUUUCAGCUUGCUCCUGCUUUGAGCUCCGGGGAUCCCCACCCGCCCUCAGUGAAGGCCAGAGCCCCAGAUGCUGCCAGCCCUGUCUUUGGGGCUGGAGAUGAUCCACAGACUGUUCCCUCCCCAGGGUGGCCCCCCUCUGAGUAGAAUAGGUCUCUCCUGUUAAUGCCUGCUCCAGUCCUGGCAUGGUUUGCAGGUGUGGAGGGGCUGGGCCAGUCCAGACUAAAGCAGCAGUUUAAACCCGUCUGUGCCAGCAUGGGGUUUAUAUAGCCCUUCACAGGCACCCAGGCCCAGCGAAUGCCCCCUAUCAGCCUGAUGUGAUGGGGCAACCCACUGGCAGCAUUGCCCUUGAGGGUGCUGCUCCGUCCUGCUCCCACGCCCUCCCCUCCCCCUUUACUGCCACCACAAUGCCUGUCACCUUCACUUCCUGAGGAAUAACCCCAGAAGGUGAGUUUUGUUAUCCCUUUCCCUCCCCUGCCCCUAGGAUCCGUCGCUCACCCUCCGUCACUCACCUCUGUCUCUGGAGACAAGGCGGGGCCUGGGGCGCGGGUGAUGCUGUGCUGGGGAUCCAUCGUCACUGAAGGGGCGGCAGCCUUGACCCCCCUAGAGGGUUGCCAGGAUGCUGAUCUGCACUGGAAGGGAACGGGGUCUUGACGGAGUCCAAGGACCAUUUGACCCACACUGAGUCACUGUAAAGCCUGCUCUGCAGUGCUGCAAAUUGCUGCUGGUGGCAUUGUGCCCGUAAGUCUCUGUCACGCUGUCUCCAGUGACUCGAGAGCAUGAGCACCAGCCUCAGGCAGACUGGUGAGAAACAAGAUCAACCCAUCCUCCCACAGGAAAGGAAAUGUCUGCAAUGGAGCUGGCUCAGGGUUUCCAGUUUCCAAACCUGAUGUGAUCUUGCACCUGGAAUAAGGGGAACAGCUGUGGGUCUCAGACCUCUAUGGCUCAGAAAAAAAGUGCUCCUGAGAGCUGUCUGCACAGGUGACAGGAUGGUGAGUGAGAACGAGGAGACACCCCAGCAGGAAGAUUCUAAGCAAGUAGAACCACAUGGAACGUUAUCAGGAAGACCCAAAGGGAAUGUUUCCGGUAGUUGUGCACUCCCAGAAAGAACAAAUGCCUGUGAGACUAAGCACAGGCCAGAGGAAAACUUCAGUAGCCGCUCAGACCUUAUUACACGCGAGAGCAUCAACUUGGAAGAGACACGCUACAGAUGCCAUAAGUGUGAGAAAAGCUUCAAUGGGAGCUCAGACCUCCUCACACAUCAGAGAAUCCACAGGGGAGAGAAACCCUACAUGUGCUCUGAGUGUGGGAACAGCUUCAAUCGGAGCUCACACCUUAUCAGACAUAGGAGCAUCCACACAGGAGAGACGCCCUACACGUGCUCUGAGUGCAGGAAAAGCUUCAAUCGGAACUCAAGCCUUAUUAGACAUCAGAAAACCCACACAGGAGAAAAACCCUACACGUGCUCUGAGUGUGGGAAACGCUUCAGUUAUAACUCAGUCCUCAUCUCACAUCAGCGAAUCCACACAGGAGAGACACCCUACACGUGUUCUGUAUGUGGGAAAAGCUUCAACCAGGGCUCAAGCCUUAUUAGACAUCAGCAAAUCCAUAGUGGAUGGACACCCUACACAUGCCCGGAGUGUGGGAAAUGCUUCAGUUAUAGAUCAGCCCUUCGCAUGCAUCAGAGAAUUCACACAGGUGACAAACCUUAUGGGUGCUCUGAAUGUGGGAAAUGCUUCAUGGAUCGUUCAGCCCUCAUCACACAUGAGAGAAUCCACACAGGAGAGAGACCCUACAUGUGCUCUGAGUGUGGGAAGAGCUUCAGUCAGAGCUCAAACCUUAUCAGACAUCGGACAAUCCACAGAGGAGAGAUGCCCUACACAUGCGCUGAGUGUGGGAAGAGUUUUAAGCAGAGCUCUGCCCUGAUCACACAUCAGAGAAUCCACACAGGGGAGAUGCCCUACACGUGCUCUGAGUGUGGGGAACGCUUCAGUUAUAGCUCAGCCCUUGUCUCACAUCAGAGAAUCCACAGAGGAGAGACGUCCUACACGUGCUCUGAGUGUGGGAAAAGCUUCAAUCGGAGCUCCAGCCUUAUUAGACAUCAGAAAAUCCACAUGUGAGAGAACGUGAUUCCGGCUGGCCAAAGCUUGUUUUUAAAAAAAUCACAAAUGCGAAUUCCCACAGAGUGACCUUUGCACCAUGUUCAGCGUGGUCUCUCAGCUCCCCUAGAUGAUUUGCCUGCUUCUGCCUUUUGCAGCUCCCCGUUCUUUGGGAUCAGUCCUGUGAUUUUUUUUUCUGUCAACUCUUUUCCUUUUGAGCUGUAGGAGUAUGUAUCCCUCCAGCCAGGAAUGUUCUUCACAGGGAGAAGAGGUGGGGGAAAGAGGUUGGAUCCCAACAAGCUACACUGAGGUAAAAACUACCUGGGCCUUCCAUCCACUAGGGCUGCGCAUGGCGUUGGCUGCUCAAGUUAGUGAUCUUGAUGUAAACAGACAAUUAUAGUUGUAGUGCAGCUGCAGCCCAGGUGCAGUGGUUGGCAUUACUUUCCCCUUGAGCUGACCUAAACUCCAUCACUUUUCCUAGUCAAAACAAACCCUAAGCAUCAUGGUUAUAUUGUCCCUCCAUUUCAAAGAAAUUGUUAGUCAUCAGUGACAAUGAAAUUAAACAUGAAGUUAAUUAGUGUAACAUAAGAGGCUGAUUCUGUGAUAACUUUCAGUGUUACAUUAUGAUUCAGGUUUUCUUCUAGUUCUCUCCGUGCCCUCUCCUACUCUGUUGGAAAUGGUGGCUAAUCCUGAAAUUAAAACCUCACUGCGAAGGAAUUAGAGUGGGGGAAUAUGUGAGAGAAAUAGCAUGCAUGAGAAGAGAGACCCAGUACGGCCUGUAAUUAUUUCUAUUUAAAAUGGAAUUUAUUUUGAUAAAUUUUAAAAUAAAUCUUCUGUUAAGAGGAAAAUUACUUGAGACAAGAUAUGCAACCUUUUACCCAUCCUGUACAGGACUGAUAUGUUUUUGUUUGUUGGUUUGUCUGUCUCUCCUCUGGUGGUUGCUUUUUAAUAAAAGAAUCAUUUUGGUUUGAAA